AGACGAGGCGCUUUUAGGUCGGUAGAAAUAUUGUGUGCAUGUCCUGUGUGCAUUUUCCUGUGAUGGCCAUCGCGACAAGACAUCGACUGGUUUGUCUGACAUUUUUGUUCUCUCUUCAGCUUGACCACAUGCCUUCGAUAGAUGGUCUUGCUCGUUUGAUCCGCUGACCAGCUGCAAGUUCGCCGGACCGCAUCCUAUCACUACACCUCAACCGUUCUCUAUUUAGUGGUACCUUUACAAGUCUGCCCUCAACCUGCAGCCGGACUCAAGUUCUCGUCGGCUUUGCGUCCGGAUCGAAAUUCUCGUUCUACUUCUAGGCAGGCUCGUUUCCUCUCCGUUCGUCCACCGCCACCUCGAGUUUCGGUUGCCCUCCAAUCCAGUGUAGCCAUUGCCCACAUGCUCGAUCGCCAUGAACAAUGUCGAGGACCUAGCACGCUACGGCAAACGUUUCGUGAAAAUGUUCUAUGACCCUAUGCCUCGCAACGAUGAUCUAUCGGGUGCUCCUAUCUGGUGUCUUGGCCGAAAGUACGACAGCCAGAUCCCGCCAACCAUAUCCUCCGCCAACUCCUCACCUUCCCUAGUUGCCAGCUCCGCAACCCAUGUUUCGGAGCCUGCUUCGUCCUUAUUCGAAGAUGAUAACCGAAUCUCCGAGCCGCCUGUUAUAGUGGACAAGCAAGCGGCGGCGGAGGCAGCCCGGGGAGAGCAGCAGCAAAGCGAUGAUGCAGGCUGGCCGUCGGCUUUCCUGGACGACUUUGAGUCACGCAUAUGGAUGACGUACAGGUCGAACUUUCAGAUGAUACCAAGAUCGCAGGACCCCAAAGCAAGCGGCGCCCUCACCUUUGCAGUCCGUUUGCGAAAUCAGCUUGGUCAAGGGGACGGCUUCACAAGCGAUACUGGAUGGGGCUGCAUGAUUAGAUCUGGUCAAAGUCUACUGGCAAACGCGCUCCUUAUAUUAAAGCUCGGCAGAGACUGGAGGCUAGGCGACAAACCGGAAGAGCAAAGCAAACUGCUUUCCCUCUUUGCGGAUGAUCCUCAUGCUCCCUUUUCCCUGCAUAAGUUCGUUGAGCAUGGUGCAUUAGAAUGUGGAAAGCACCCAGGAGAAUGGUUCGGUCCUUCAGCGACAGCAAGAUGUAUACAAGCUCUCACAAACAACCAAAAGGAUCUCAAUUUACGCGUCUACAUCAGCGGUGACAGCCCCGACAUUUACGAAGACGUCUUGUUCCGAAUCGCAACUAGCGCAAAUGGUACCUUUUCCCCAACGCUUGUGCUUGUUGGCAUCCGGCUGGGCAUCGACCGGAUUACACCCGUGUAUUGGGAAGCCUUGAAAUCAUCUUUACAACUUCCACAAUCGGUUGGCAUAGCCGGCGGGCGGCCGUCUGCCUCACAUUACUUCGUUGGAAACCAGUCAAACACAUUUUUCUACCUCGAUCCACAUAUUACACGACCUGCUUUGCCGCUGCAAGCUGAAUCAUCGCGAUAUUCGGAAGAUGUUAUUGCGACCUGUCAUACAAGGCGUCUUCGGCGUAUAGAUAUUCGCGAAAUGGACCCCAGCAUGCUAAUUGGCUUCUUAAUUAGGGACGAGGAAGAUUACAAAGCAUGGAAGAAAAAUGUAACUGAUGUACCUGGAGGAAAGACAAUUGUGCACAUCAGCGAAAAGGAGCCAAGACAUUUCAUAGGCAGAAAUAUCGAACGGCCAGGUGCUAUUGAUGAAGUCGAAACAUUUGAUACUGAGGACGACAUCGAGGAAUUGUAGAAACCAGCGUCGUUCGACUCCCAGUGCCAAUCAAAUGCAUCAACCUGCUACGAACUUUUCCUCCUAUGCAAACAGCGAGGACAUGUUGAUAACGCGCAAAGCGCUCAGAUUUCUCGUCUAUGCGAAUCCAGACUAUACUGUCAUCCGCAUAGUCAAGAGAACACAAUUAUCAGGCUCUUCUGAGAAGAACGUAUCGCGACGAAGUUGGACGAUCACGGGACACGAGCUACGUAGAAGACAUCACAGGUAAACGCGCAAGCGAGGAAGGUAGUCACAGAUGAACUGGAACCGUAAUUGAAGUGCUUUAAAAGCAAUAUCAAUUCAUGCCCUCGCUGUAGUGGUUAUUGUACACCAUGGACAUCCCCAGAUGUUUCCC